AUGAAAAAUGCUCCAAAGACAGUACUAAACCACGUCCGCUAUGUUGGAGGGGGUGCUGGUUUCAGCAUUCCUUCUUCUGGAACUGCAGCAAAACCCCAAGGCGGGAAUACUGGAGGAAUUGGACUUGGUAAAUUUGGAAGUGGGAAUAAAGUAGGGUUGGGAGCAUUACAAGAAAGAAAUCGUCUAUUUGGAGAGGGAGGAGAGGAAGAAACUGGAGGAGGAGGAGAAGUUCGAGGAAGGAUGGGAAGUACUAUCAGUGGAGAAACACAGCUAAUCAAGUCUCAUGUACCUUCAUACAACCCUCAAUCCCCAUCGAAUCUUGGUAACAACAAUUUUAUCACAACAACGUCACACAACACACAAAAUAAAGCGGGACCUUAUGAUGAUGAGACUAAUUCGUUUCGCUCUUCAAAGCUUAAAGAUCAAGUGAUACCUCAACAUCACGACGAUAUACCUCCAGCAAUUAAAGGACAUUUCAAACAACAUCAAACACUCAGCAAUAAACCCUCCCAUAUGAACCUCUUUUCCGACUUGGCAGAAACAAAAUUUGGAUCUGAACGUUUAGGAGAGGAAGGAGGAGGAACAAACAAAUUAUCUCGUCCAUUACACCCAACACUUUUAAGAAAUAAAUUUCCAAAUAAUCAACACAAACAUUCAUUUCCUCAUUCAUUACCCCAUGUUGGGCAUUCAUUAGUGCCUGUAGCAGCAGCACAAAGCAUUAUUGUUGUGAAUAAAAAAAGUGGGUUGCCAGACAGGAGUACGGCGAAGUGUGGACGUAAAUGUAACCCUGAGCAGUUGCCUCCAAGUGAGGCACAACGUCUCGCACGUAUGCGACAUCUGAGAACAAGAAGUCAACCAUAUCUCUAUGCCUAUAUGAAUCCCCCAGCUAACGAAGUAGCAAAGGCUAAUGCAAAAAUAAAAAGAAGGGAUUCAAGGUCAACAAAACCCUCAAGACAUCAAAUAAAUAUUAAAAAACUAACAAAGGAAAAUGAAAUUGGGGAAGGCUAUGACACUCUAAAAUUAAAGAGAAGCAAUGCAAUGUCACCACAAAAACGUGCCAGAGCAAGCCCUAUACGUCGAGUGAUAGGUAAAAAGCAAAGAAUUGUACCUCUACAUUCUGGAGGUUAUGACGGUGAUGGUGAGGGAUUUCUUCAGUUAUUUUUUAAAUUUUCUAUUCUUUUAGUACCUAAAUUUAGAAUAAGAGUAGAUGAUAAUACAAGUAUUGGUAAAAAUCAGAAAAAGAAUAUUCGGCUAACAAAUAAGGAAAGAAUGAGAAAAUAUGUGAAGAAGAAGAAAACGUUAAAUAAUACUAGCUUUUAUUAA